AUGCCACGAAACUAUAAUAGAAAAACUGAAAUAAAAUAUAGGCUAGAGGAUUUAAAAAAGGCCAUAAAAGACGUGAAAAAUAAAACUUUUUCAUUAAGUCAAGCCUCUUUAGCUUAUUCGGUGCCUAAAACCACAUUAUUUGACUAUUGCAAGAAAGAAUUCAUAACACAACCAAGAGGUGGAAGAAAAUGUAUAUUCUCAGAUGCACAAGAAAAAGAGUUAAAAGAAUAUAUUGUCAAAUGUAGCCAGGUUUUUUAUGGGUUAACAAUUGAAAUGGUGCGAAAAAUUGCUUUCAAAUUUGCUGAACGAAAUAAGUUGACCCAUAAAUUUAAUAGGAAAACCCAAUUGGCAGGUAAAGACUGGUAUUAUUCUUUCAUAAAAAGACAUUCAAAUAUUUCAUUGAGAAAAUCUGAGCCCACUUCAUUAAACAGAAUAAAUGGAUUUAAUGCAACAGAAGUAAAAAUGUUUUUUGAAAAUCUGGAAACUUUACAAAAAACUUAUCACUUUGACCCUAAUCAUAUAUAUAAUGUUGAUGAGACCGGUAUUUCUAAUGUUCAACGAAAUUCCAAAAUCUUAGCCCUUAAGGGCCAGAAACAAGUUGGGAUGGCAACCAGUGCGGAAAGAGGUUCAACAACUACAGUUGUUUGUGCAUUCAGUGCUUCAGGAAAGUAUAUUCCUCCAUUUUUUGUAUUUAAAAGAAAACGCAUGAAUAAUCAGUUGUUGCGGGGAGGCAAUGCUGAUAUGCUUGCUACGGUCAGUGACUCAGGUUGGAUCAAUGAAAAUUUAUUUGUGGACUGGCUUAAUCACUUUAUCUCAUUUGCUAAACCAACCAAAGACGAACCUGUGUUAUUAAUCCUAGAUAACCAUGAGAGCCAUAUUAGCCUUGAUUGCUAUCUACUCUGUCGUGGAAAUGGAAUUGUAUUAUUAUCCCUUCCACCACACACUUCCCAUAGAAUGCAACCAUUAGAUUUAACAUACUUUGGUCCACUCAAAUCUGCAUACAACAGGGAAUGUGACAUUUUUAUGGCAGCAAACAUAGGCCGAAGAAUUACUCAAUAUGAAGUUGUUGAACUAUUUACAAAACCUUUUAAUCGUCUCAGCAAUAUUGAAAAAGCAGCCAAUGGAUUUCGAGCAGCUGGUAUUUAUCCGUUAGAUCCCACAAAAUUUAAUGAUUUUUUUCCAAUCAGUAUCGUUACACAUGAAACGUCAUUACUUGAUAACAUUCAGAGUUCAGAAUCAGUUCAGAGUUCAGAUACUCAAGCCAAAAAUGAUUGUUAUUGUUUAAUUUGUGAAGAAAAGUAUCAUGAUCCACCCACGGAAGACUGGAUAAAAUGUUAUAAAAGUCUUGGUACCACGAGAAGUGCACAAGUUGUGCAAGUACAUCAAGAGGUUUUCUCUGUGAUUUUUGCUAUGAAUAACAUUUAUUGA